AUGGCCAAGAGAAUCUUGGAUCAAAUAGAGGCUAAUAGUGACACUAGCAGCGUAGAAGAUGUGGAUACUGAAGCUUUAAGGUUAGAUAAAAUACCGUCUCCGAAGAAACUGUUCUAUGAAGAUGAGGAUGAAGAUGAAGAUGAUGACGAGGAGGCCGCAGAUAACGAAGUUGUCAUUCAACGGGAAUCUCAACCAAUAGAGGACCCGAUUAACGUGAAAAGAGUUAGAUUCAAGAGAAGGCAACGAGAUCCUGUUAGUGAUGCUGAGGACCCCAACGUUAGAUAUUGGGAUUUUGGACCUUUAAUUCGACAGGAAUUCAGAGAUAAAUUACCGUCAAAUUAUGAGAUUAAACGAUGGAGAAGGCCCUCUAAACAUAUGGUAAGAUCGGUGGUUCAAUUGAUAGAGACAAAUUUCGAAACUGCCAUUGAACAAGUUUUAGAUAGAUAUAAUGAUGAAUUGAAAAGUGUGGUAAAUGAUUCUACGGCUGUACAUCGACAAAAGCAUAUCCUAAUGAACGACUUAGUAUUCAAAAUAAGGCAUCAGUUGAAAAAAACCAAAUUCCCGUCGAGAAUAUCUGAUUAUGAUGUGGAUAUAGAAUAUAUCGUUUCCAAGAGAAAAUAUAUUCAAUCUCAAUACGCCCUGGAAUUGGCGAAUGCUGAAAAAUUAGAAGAUGAGCUAAUUAGGGAGGAGCAAAAAUUAAAAGAAUUGAAGGAACUAUGUCAAGAUUUGGAAACUAGUAAUAAGAGGAAAUUACAAGAUCGACUGUUGAAAAAUGAUUUACAUCCAAGUUUGACGAAAGCUAUGGAAAACGCUUACGGUUUAAUUCCAGACAGUGACCAAGCCGGACAAGGUAAUAACAUCUAUACAAAGGAUGUACAGGAAUUACAAUUGGUGCCAAGCGGGGGAACCCUGACAAAUGGAUCGGAAGAUGAAGAUACAUUAGACGUUGAGAAAUUGGUACCAGCAUUGCGAGAGUACAAUAAAGUCUCUCAAAGCAUCUACAGCAACAUAGAAAAAUUCAUGAAGCUGAACAAGAUCGAAUCAGUACUGGAUAGAAUAGAUAAAAUCUCUGGAGAUAAUGAAUAA